AUGUUGACCGCUGAGCUCCGAUCAUCGUUUGGUGCUUUAUUUAAACGCACAUACCCGAACCCUUCACUCUUCGCACCCGAAGACCUGUUUGGCGAGGUUGAAAUGGAAGGAAUUUUGGAACGGUUCGGCUUGAUUGAUUCGGUCGCGACCCUGAGGAAGACAAUAGGAGGGGAGACAAUCACAGGCCAACUCAAGGUUCUCCAGGAAAUCAUCGAUAGAUUUGCAACUAAGUUGUUAGCAAAUGAGAAUCAACAGGAAGCGGAAUUGCGGGAAGUUGAGGAGAGGGCGGUGGCGGUCAGAAGGCGAGAGCAGGAGGAAAAACGAGCAAGAGAACUGGAGGCUGAAAGGAUUGCCAAAGAAAUCGAGGACAACCGCAAACGUGCCGAGCAAGAACAAAAACUCUCAUUGACCGGAGUCGCCACAUCUUGA